GAUGGACAAGCGAAAGUAUCGAUAUUGAUAAUUGUAUUAAGGAGUUUCAAUCUAUAGCCACCGAGUAUGAUGAAGUGAUAGAAUGGAUUCCUUUUAAUAGAUUGAGUAAUAUACGAGAGAUCGGAAAAGGGGGAUUUGGAUACGUUUAUUCCGCAAUCUGGUUAGAUGGAAAACGAAAAAUCCUAAAUAACGGCGAGGAAUUUAAGCAGUCACGUACACAACCUUAUACCGUCGCACUUAAAACCUUACCCGGUUCUCCAACAAGUUCUGCUGAUUUUUUAAGAGAAUUUAAAAAUCAUAUGCAAUGUAGGUUAAUGGGUAGUAGCCUAGAAGUAUAUGGAUUAACUAAAAAUACGACUACAAAUCAAUAUAUGAUGGUUCUUAAAUAUGCCAAUAAUGGUAAUCUUCGUUGUUAUUUGAAAUCGAAUUUUAAAGGACUUAUUUGGAAAGAUAAAUUGUCGCGACUGAUGAAUAUAUCAAAGGAUUUGAUUCAAAUUCAUGAAGCUGGAUACAUACACUGUGAUUUACAUAGUGGAAAUAUUGUUUUACAUAAAGAGGGAUCGUGGCUUGAAAGAGCGAAAUCCUAUAUUAUAGAUCUUGGAUUAUCUCGAGAAAAAAAAGAAGAACUUGAUGAAAUUAAAAUUGUCGAAGAUGACAUAAGUGUAAUAGAUCUCGACGAACUUGAUGAAACAGAAAAGGUAGAAAUAAGUAAUAAAUUUUGGGAAUCCGAUGAAAUAGCCAAACAGCUACCCGUAACUUUGCAGAAACAUCAAGAUGACACAUAUACAAGUCAAUUCAUUGAUACUGAUGAUAUUUCUCAACUAUAUAACAAAUUAGUUAAAAGCGUUAAUAUGUCUCAGCGGCAUGAUGAAUCAGUUAGUAUUAACACAACAG